AAAAAUAAAAAAAAAAAAAGAGAUUUUUUUGUUUGUUUUUUUUUUUUUUGUUUUUUCAUAACAUAAAUUUGAAUUAAUCAAAAUAAUUAAUAAUUAAAUUAAGAUGAUCAAAAAAAAUUUAAAAAAAAUUAAUACUCAAUAAUUUUUAAAUUACACACAUCUAUACAUAAGUAAUUUUAUUAUUUGAUUUUACAAAUUAUAUAAAAAUUUAAAACAAAACUACUAGAAAGUUAAUUGUUAGCAUAAAUCUGGAUGCAAUUUCAAUUUGACAAGUAAAACUAAGAGACCUAAUAGAUGAUAGGAGACUAAAACAAUAUUAAUUUUAAAAAACUAAAACGUGUCUAUAAUAUAACUUUAAAAAAUCUGUAAAUUGUAAUAUAAAAAUUGUAAAAAAUGUCUAUGGAUGAAACAACAACACCACAAUAUAUUGUUACAACAGAGAGUGAAGUUGAUCCAGAUGAAGAGGAAACAGAAGAUGGCAAUAAAAUAACGGAAAAUCCUGCAGAAAAAUUAGUUUCUACGACCAAAAUAUUUUUACAAGAUCAUAGAAGUAAAAGUUUACAAUCUAGUUCAUCCACUAAAUUCGAACAUCAACAACAAUGUCAACAACAAACGUUUCAACAACAACAACAACAUCAACAACAUGUUACAAGUACAAGUACAGUAUCAUCAAGCUUAUCACGUCAAGUGAAAGCAAGUUCAAGUACAUCUGUUAUAACAAUGACCAAUAGUCAAAAAUCAAAUACAACGAAAUCAAAGUUUCAAAGUUUCCUACAGCAACCAGAACAUGGAACUGGGAGCACAUUUUUAACUGCCCACCAAAAACAUGUACGUCAAUUUGUUCGUUCUACAUCAGCGCAUUCAGAAGCGACUGCAUCAAUUGGUACUAAACCACAAGGAUGUAUUCGUAGUGCUUCAACACAAAUUGAAGAACCUGAUCCAAAUAUGGAUAUGACACAAAGUAAAUUAGGACAUCAACAAUCAUCUAUUCUUAUAUCGAAAUCAGCAGAAACUAUUGAAUCAAAACAAUCUUCUACAGCAAUACGAACACAUUUGACUUUAUCUGGUGGAUUAUUAGCGCCACCAAAUCGAAGAUUAACUAUAUUAAGUCCUGUACAUGCACCAGCCGGAUUACAUGAUGCUUUAAAAAAAUAUACUCGUUCACCAUUAUCACCGCGUUUAAAUUUUCAAGAAGAUGUUGAUCCAUUUAGCUUCGAUGUUGAGAAUGGCCAAGGAGUGCGAUCCCCCCUGGAGGGUGGAUCACCGAGUGCCGGUCUUGUACUACAAAAUCUUCCACAACGCCGAGAAUCAUUUCUUUAUCGAUCAGAUUCAGAUUUUGAAAUGUCACCAAAAUCAAUGUCUAGGAAUUCUAGUAUCGCAAGUGAAAGAUUUAAGGAACCAGAAACUACAGUGCUUCUUGAAAGAUCACAUGGGGAAGACUUAAUCGUUACACCAUUUGCACAAAUUUUGGCAAGUUUGAGAUCUAUACGAAAUAAUCUAAUAAGUCUGACAAAUGUUCAAGCAACCAAUAAAUCCAGGCGUCCAACACAAGCUCCUACUGUCACUCGAGUAAAUCCUGGUGAUGAAAACUAUGUACGCCUAGCAACAGAUACUAUAGAAGAAUUGGAUUGGUGUCUCGAUCAAUUGGAAACUAUACAAACUCACAGGAGUGUAUCAGAUAUGGCAUCACUAAAAUUCAAACGAAUGCUGAAUAAGGAACUUUCACACUUUAGCGAGUCUAGUAAAUCUGGCAAUCAAAUAUCUGAAUAUAUUUGUUCAACUUUCUUAGAUAAACAACAAGAAUUAGAUUUGCCAUCAUUAAGAAUUGAUGAAAAUGAGCCACUUGGUAAUGUAUCAUAUCCAAGGAGUCGCUCACCACGAAGUGGUCCUCCAAUGUCGCAAAUAUCUGGUGUUAAACGUCCAUUAUCGCAUACGAAUUCUUUUACAGGAGAACGAUUGCCAACAUUUGGAGUAGAAACACCACAUGAAAACGCUUUAGGUACCUUAUUAGGUGAAUUAGAUACUUGGGGAAUAGAUAUAUUUAAAAUUGGCGAUUUAAGUAGUAGUCGUCCGUUAACCUGUGUUGCAUACACGAUAUUCCAGAGUAGGGAAUUGCUUACAAGUCUUAUGAUACCACCGAAAACAUUCAUUAAUUUUAUGACUACUUUGGAAGACCAUUAUGUCAAAGACAAUCCUUUUCAUAAUUCACUUCAUGCGGCAGAUGUCACACAGAGCACAAAUGUUCUAUUGAAUACUCCAGCCUUAGAAGGUGUUUUUACACCACUUGAAAUUGGUGGUGCUCUAUUUGCUGCCUGUAUUCACGAUGUUGAUCAUCCGGGUCUUACAAAUCAAUUUUUAGUUAAUUCAAGUUCUGAAUUAGCCUUAAUGUAUAAUGAUGAAUCUGUACUAGAAAAUCACCAUUUAGCUGUCGCCUUUAAACUUUUACAGAAUAUUGGAUGUGAUAUUUUCCAAAAUAUGCAAAAGAAACAGCGCCAAACCUUAAGAAAAAUGGUUAUAGAUAUUGUAUUGUCAACGGAUAUGUCGAAACAUAUGAGCUUAUUAGCCGAUUUGAAAACCAUGACAGAAACAAAAAAAGUUGCUGGCUCCGGUGUUUUACUUUUAGAUAAUUACACAGACAGAAUACAGGUUCUUGAAAAUUUAGUUCAUUGUGCAGAUUUAAGCAAUCCAACAAAACCAUUACCAUUAUAUAAAAGAUGGGUUGCUCUAUUAAUGGAAGAAUUCUUUUUGCAAGGUGAUAAAGAACGUGACAAUGGAAUGGAUAUUAGCCCAAUGUGUGAUCGUCAUAACGCAACAAUCGAAAAAUCUCAAGUAGGUUUUAUAGAUUAUAUUGUACAUCCAUUGUGGGAAACAUGGGGUGAUCUUGUUCAUCCUGACGCACAAGAUAUAUUAGAUACACUUGAAGAGAAUCGAGACUAUUAUCAAAGUAUGAUACCACCUUCACCUCCACCUAGUGCCGAAGAAGGAGAAGAAAAGAUCCGUUUUCAGGUAACAUUGGAAGAAUCCGACCAAGAAAAUUUGGCUGACGUUGAUGAAAACAAUGAAGAGGAAGAAGAAACAACAUCGGUAGCUGAAAAUCCAGAAUCAUUGAAUCAGUCACAUAAUACAGUUGGAAUGUGACGGAGAUUCGUUGGAAUAUGUAAAAAAUUUACGGAAAAAGUAGCGCAAACAUUUUAAUUUAAUUAUAAAACAAAAAAAAAGGGAAAAAAAAUUAAUAAAUAAAAAAUUUUAAAAAAUUUAAAAAAAAAAUUCAUAUGAAAUGCAUUAAAAGAAGUAAAUCUGAAACGAUGACAGCAAAAUAUUUUUUUUUUUGAUUUUGUUUUACAAUUAAUAAAUUAAUAAUCGAUUUUUGAAAUAAUCGAUUCAAAAAUCAAUAAUUUACACAAAAGUGUGCGGAAAUUUUUAUUUUAAAUUCAAAUAUUUAUUAACAUGAAAAAUUGUAUUUGCCUUUGUUCCAAAAAUUCGUUUUCGAAUCCCGGAUUUAUUUACUGUUUUUUUAAUAAUUUAUGGUUUUUAUUGCAAAAGUUGCAUUUUUUAUUUCAAAGUAAAAAACUGUUCAUUUAACAAUGAUUCUCAAUAUUUGAUGUUUGUAAGAAUUAAUAUAAUAAUAAAAAACAAAAUAUGUUCAAAUUUCAAUAAAACUUCAACCUACCGCAACUUCAUAUUUAAAUAAAACACUGCAUUACCUAGUUGAAAUUUUUACACAAUUCGCUGAUUAUA